AUGCUGGGGUCCGGCGACGACUUGGAGUACGAAUUCACUUAUGAGGAUGCUAUUGAGCCGCUGAAAGCAUUGAUCGAGCAGCACUCCGUGAAUGACAGUGCUGGGAAACUCUUCUUGUCGUACGGGCUUGUGGCCUUGCCGCCUUUCCCAGCCGAUCCCGAUCCGUCUUUCGAGGCCGAUGGCCAUGCGGUGGCCGAAGUCCUGGUGGACUUCCGUAAGUGCACGCUGACGGAUGCUGAAGCCACUGCGAAGGUCUUCGCCUGGAUGGGCCAGGUCGUGGCCCAGAAAGCGGCGGCCCAGCAGCGCAGCGCCUAUGUCAAGUGCUACUCCUGCUCGUACGCCUGGAACUACAAGGCCAACCAGACGUGCUACUGGUGCAGCAAAGCCUUGGCGCCGUGGACAGAUUCCCCGCCUCCAGUUCAAGGCGCCUGGGCGGCCCGCGCCAAGGCCGCAGCCCAGGCCGACCCCAGCUGUACCCAGCAGGCCAGCCCCGAGACGGGAUGGGAACCGUGGUCAUCAUGGCCCAAGUCCCGCCGCCGCCGAGGCAAUGGCAAUGGCAAGAACCAAGAGGACGACUGGUGGGCCAACAAGAACGACACCCCCAAGGUGCGCUCCGCAGAGGACAUCCUUGCGCAGCUCCAGGCGAUCGCCCCCCACAUCGACAAGGCAGCCAUCGACGGUAUCAAGUCGCAGAUCCCGCCGCCCCAGCCGCAGAAGCCAGCCGACCUCAACGACAUCUACAGCCGCGCCCAGGCCACGGAGCGCCGCUGCAAGAACAACCUGGAGAGGCUGCUCGAGAGCGAGCAAAAGGCGCUCAGCUGGUACACCGAGCGCAAGGCGAUGAGCCUCCCGCACCUGCUGCUGGCGCUGCUUCUGACGGCAGCUUCGCUGCACAGCCUGUACCAGCGAUCAACAAGGACCCCGACCUCGAAGACAAGGCACAGAAGAUGCUCAGCCAGAUGCGCAAGCCCACCGCGACCGCCGCGGCUGGAGCGCAGCAGCCUCUUUAGCCGACUACUACCCGACCCUGGACGGAAUGGUGAGACGGGACGUCUACCGUCAGAGACCAAGUGCUACGACAACCCACCUACCUUCAACACAAUGGACGCAGUCCUCGACCCGUUCGACGAGCUGGCCGAGUUGGACGCCCACAUCGAUUUCGCAUCCACAGCUCAGUACGAUACCGCCCCGCCCGAGACGCUGUCCUCGGUUGGGGGCGAUGAGGCGGCACAGUCCGUCGACGCAGUGACAUGGGGCCCAGGGCAGCCGCAGCGUGCCGCGCGAGCCGACCCUGAUGCCGCCCCGCCCGAGACGCUGUCCUCGGUAGGGAGCGAUGAGACGGCCCAAGCUGUCGUCAAGCAUGUGGUUCAGGAACCAGGGGAGCCGUUGCCAACGGCACACCCUGAUGCCGCCCCGCCCAAGACGCAGUCCUUGGUAGGGGGCGAUGAGAUCGCGAAAGCUAUCGACUCGACCUCUGCGAAAGGCAACACGGGUGGCGAGAUUAUCCUCUCCAGGUACCACGUCCAGGCCACAACCUUCAACCACCUCCGCGACCUGGCCAUCUCCCAGCGCAGGCCCGACCCGUUCCGAGGCUUCACGCCCAUGGUGUGGCACAGACGCUCUGGCAACCUGGUUGUUGUUGCAGCGUAUCUGGAACCCCACAGGCAGAUCGAGGGUGCAGUGCACGAUAAGCUACUCUCGCUGGGGGCCUUCGUAACUAUGCUCACUGACCCGUGGAUCAUCCUGGCCGAUUGGAAUAUGGCCCCUGAGCAGCUCGCGGCGACAGAGUGGCCCGCCAAAUGGAAUGCUACCAUCGUGCGAGCGCCAGGAUCUGCCACGUGCGACAAGGGCCAGGGACUCACGCUCGACUUCGCAUUGGUCAAGACUGGCAUCGAGCACACGAUCUCCAUGCGCCAGUGCCCCACCGUCCCCUGGGCCACCCACGAGCCUAUCCCCUACGCUAUCCCUUCGGACCUCUGGGAGGAGCAAUGGCAGCAAGCAGUACCCACACGGUGUAAGCAGCCCCACGCGCACUUCGCGUACACCCACUGGGAGCACGAAGCCGACGACAUCAACCUCAAGUACGCCAAAUGGGCCACGACGCUCGAGAACGCCAUGAUCAGCCACCACCAGAUCGACCCCAAGGAAGCCGCAGCAUUCACAGGCCGUGCCCAAGGCUACCAAUUGUCCUGGAAGAAGACGGCCGCCGCCCCAGGCCGAGUUCACGUACACGACCCUCAGUCGGAAUGGUGGGCAAUCACGCUCACCCUCAUCAAGCGCUACGCGGCGCUUCACGACAAGCCCAAGCACACUGCGCUCAUGCAGCAGCAGUCCUCCAUCAUCCAGCAGCGCGCGGACCACUUCAACACUCACUUUCACGACCUCCAGUUCGAGAAGGACGAGGACACCAUCUUCCGCUGGUUUGCACUCGUCUGGGCCCCGCACUUGGACAACGAGGACACCGACGACUUGGUCACUAUUACUGCUACUUGGGCCUCCAGAGCUCUUGCUGCCGCCCUCGCUAAGUCCAAGAGGGCCUACGGUGCUUGGCUCGCCAAGCAAUGGAAACACCGCCCUGGAGUACUACACGCCCAUGUCAAGCCAGCGCCCGUGCGUCACAUCGAGGCCUACACGACCAACCUGACCAUCGCCGACCCAACCGUUAUCAUGGACAGCAAGAAGCAACAGUGGCAACAAGUAUGGCAGGCCACCGAGACCCCCGACGACAUCCUACAGGCGCUGUCAAAGGCCAAGGCAGCAGCCGCUCGCCAACCGCUCGAGCCCAUUACAGCCGAGAUCGUACACCGCUUUCACGCUACCACGUGGAGGCGCACGAAGGACGGCUACAUCGAGGAGUGGAACCUCCCCUCUGCCGACGACCCUGACCUCCCCGACGCCGACAUUCACACAGUAUUGCAGGACCUCAGCGAGGACUUGCACAGGCUCCUCUGGACUCAGGCCGCCACGCACGACCAUGGUGGCACGCUGGCUGGAGGAGCGGACAUGGUCACUAUUCGCAUUGAACAAAGGAGGCUCCUCGCAAACGGUGAUUUCAGCGACUGGGCCCUCAACAACACAGUCAUCAGUGGUGGUCAAUGGACCAGGGGCCGCCUCCACAACGCGGGCUACCAGAUCGACAAGAACUGUGACCGAUGCAGUGCAGGAGUUCCUGAAACCCUGUUUCACCGCAUGUGGCAGUGCGAGGCGAAUGUGGGACCUGAGUUUGAGGCCAGCGACAAGUCCGCGGCGCACUCGCGGGGCUCCCCGCGGUCCCUGCCGGCCUCGUGGCGCCCGCCGCCGCCGGCCGCGGGCGGCGACCGGGAGCGUGCCAACGGCCGGGCCUGCGCGAGGGAGUGGCCCUCCGAGCUGGAGCUCGUGGUUGCCCUGGCCGGCAUCAGGUGCAGGGGGAAGCUGCGCGAGGUUGCCAAGGUGGAGCGCAGCAACAGGCGGCUUGGGCUGGAGAUAGCGCUGCUAAGCGAGCGCGUCGCCCAGGUCUGGCCCGGUCAGCCUUGCCCGCCCGAGCGGAGAGGCGCGGUGGCGGGCGCGUGCCGUUGACCGGCGUUGCGUGGCAACGCGCGGGUGUUUCCUUUUUUUGCGCCGUGAUGCCACGUAAUUGUGUGCUACACAUGGCAAUUCAUUUUCAGAGGAGGAGGAGGAGGGCGAGUUCAGACAACGGCAGUUGGCCUUCGGAGGGGGUGCGCGUCGACACGGCUGGACGCCCGUCG